GCGUCGUACCGCCGCCUGUCCAAAUCCAUCAUUGCAGGAGCUCCCCGCUGGACGCCAAGUCGCUCUUCAUGCACGCCUCCAGCCGCAUCGGCUCCUCCACGAGCUCUCUGGGCUCCAGCUCCACCGUUGCCACUUCGGCCUAUAAGGCACCGUCCACCUCCGUCGAACGGACGAUGACGGUGGCAGCGACGCAGAUGAGCUGUGGCAACCCCGAGGAGAACAUCAAGAAGGCCGAGUCGCUCGUGCGUAUUGCCAGCUCCCGUGGAGCGCAAGUCAUUCUGCUUCAGGAGCUUUUCCAGUUCUCGUACUUCCCUAUUGAGCUCAACGCCGGCAACUUCCAGUUGGCUACAACGCUGGAAGAGUCUGCACUCGUACAGGGUAUGGCGUUGCUGGCGAAAGAGCUGCACGUGGUGAUCCCCAUCAGUUUCUUCGAGAGAUACAGAAACUCAUACUACAACUCGUGUGCUGUGAUCGACGCCGAUGGAACGGUACUGGGUGUUGUGCGAAAGAUGCACAUUGGAGACCGUCUUGGCUACAAUGAGAAAUACUACUUCACACCGUCCGACGACUCAUUUAAAGUCUGGAACACGCAUUAUGGCAAGAUUGGUGUAGCCAUUGGCUCGGACCAAUGGUACCCCGAAGUGGCUCGCAGUUUGGUAGUACAAGGAGCGGAGUUGCUGCUGUAUCCAAGUGCAAUGGGCAGCAACCACUACGACCCCAACUUCGACGCUCGUGAUCAGUGGCAGCGUGUGAUGCAGGGACACGCAGCGGCGAGUAUGGUGCCUGUAAUCUGCUCCAACCGCGUGGGUGCCGAAGUCGUGGACGGUAUCCAUGUUACGUUCGUUGGGUCCUCGUUUAUCACCGGCCAGACUGGCGAAAUGCUCAAAAUUGCCGAUCGGGAGUCCGAAGGUGUGUUGGUGGAGAGCUUUGACCUCGAGAAGUUCCAUGUACGACGAGCUAGCUGGGGACUUGUUCGCGACCGCAGACCGAACUUGUAUGGAGCACUCAUCACGCGUGAUGGGCCCCAGUGA